AUCUGGCCCCACCGUACGAAUAUUUCCAGUACCAUCUAGCAGGAAGGAUCCGCAUUUUAUGCAAUGUGUAGUGGCGAGAACAUCCCCAGCGGGGUCCGGGUAAUGCAAAAUGCGAGUUCUAGAUGCGUGAAGGGCCGCAAGUGCUGGGGAUACUUGCUGCAAAGUAAAUGGAAUAGAUAGUUGGAACUUGGAUGUAGCUGCAAUCGGAGGGCCUUGCUGGGUUUGCAUGGUCGGAGGCAAACACUGUGGGCGCCAAUAAACUGCUACCUGAAUAAGGCGAUUGUAUCCGAGAAAGCUGCUUCUUUUUCUUCUACCACCAACAUCGCAACCGUUGAGCUGUUGCUCGACAUUCAUAUUCCUUUCGAAAUGAUUUCCACCCACCGUUCGCAGAGUUCAUUUAGCUCAAGAAGACCGAGCAUAUCAAAUCCCAUCCCAGCAGAUCGUUUUGUACCAUUAUCUCCUCCAGCAACCAAGAGUCCGCCGCCCACCAACACCACAACCACCGCUCCAAGUCCUCCGCGUUCUCGUUCAGCACUCGCAGGGUCGAUGGCUCGCAAUUGGCUUGCCCGUGCAUCUUCGUCAAGUUCAGGGAGUAGCGGGAGCGGCGCUCCGUAUGCGCCUUCAAAGCCUGUGCGGAUUUCAGAGCCCAAACUUAGCAGCGCGUUCGAUUCAAUAACUCAGCAGAGGGGUGUUGUCCUGGGAUCGGGUGCUAUCGUUGUCCGUACACCUCAAGAAGCCCUGGCUGGAUCCAGUGUCUCAGUUUACGACGACGAAGACGAUACUCCCACUACUCAAACCGCGCCGAGAUCAACAGAGCACUAUCAGUUGCCUGCGUCGCCUACCAGUCCCCCGUUACCACCUAUCCCCGACUUUGAAGAUGACGAGGAAGAGGAAGGAAAGGAACCUGAGCAGGAAUAUAGAGAACGAACCCAAUCUCGAUCCUCCACUCCGUCGCGACCUACGCGUGCACCACCCCCGAUUCCAAUCGAAGAAAAUGCACCGGUUACAUCACCUCCACUCAGCCUGCGGCCUUCGCUUAAAUCGUGUUCCCCUCCCAACUCUGAGUAUUUCCCUCCAGUUCCAGCGCUCCCCGCCAACGUACCGCCCUCUCCUCCACAAAUGCCCUUCGAGCCGAUCUUGCUUUCACCAGCGCCUGUAGGAACGAUCGAUCCAAGCAAGAUCAUUGUUUCCGUUGAGACAUGCACGAAUACAUUCCGCACCACGCUUCAGACAUUGACUUCACGUCCAUCUUUCCUUUCGACGUACCUCAAGUCAUUGUUGCCAUCAAAGGAGGGAGAUGACGAUGAAGUGUCAGUUCGGAGUGCGGCAGACAGUGCCUUCAAUUCCAUCUUCCACCAUCACCUCACGUCUUCGGGCUUGUUGACCCAAACCUCGACAAACAUACAUAUAUUCCUGGAUCGGCCAAGUGCUCCAUAUGCACAUGUCUUAACGUACCUUCGCACACCACCAUCGACUCCAGAGCAUCCUGCCAUUCUUCCUCGCGCCGUGCAACUUAACUCAUCUUCCAAUUCUCGUUUGGAAGCCCUUCUCGAGCUCAGAGACGAGGCACGAUACCUAGACCUCGAUGAACUAUAUAAGCUCUGCACUGAUGAGAUUCGCGUCCGUCAAGACAGUCACAGGAACAACAUGUUAGGCUUGCACACGCAUUCCCGUGCAAUGAGCAAUGCUAGCAUGAUGAGCGGCCGAAGUCUAGGCACCUUGCGCGAAACUCCAGAGCAUGAGACAGAGGUUAGCGAGAUGGGGGAGAGAAAACUUGCGAGGACGCGGUCGAGGGAUUCAGGUUUAGGUUCUGGAAGUCCUCCUUCAACGCAUGCAAAGAGCCCGAGUCCAAGAAAUAGCGAGAGCCCCGACAUCUGGAAUUCUUCGCCACCUGUUAUGGUGAACGCGAGUGCUCUGCAGCAGCGGCUACAGUUGACGGGAAGGGGGCGAAGUGAAACCCGGAAGGAGGCAGUCGCAUCGAGCAGUACGCGACCAGUGGGGAGAUGGCUAUGAGCUUAUCAGUAAUUAUCUUUCGGCGGGUAUUCACUCGACUUUGAAAGUUCUUUCAUGUCUAUCAUGUCUGUCCACGAUCAUUAACUCUCUUAUUCGUACCGGUAUUUGUCUUCAAUUUUUCCCUCCAACACUCCUUGACACAAACACUACUCACCUUCAUUACGUUUUAUCUCCUAUGCAUGCAUACUGUAGCCCUAGAUAUUCGUUGUAUAUAGCAUCCAGCAAUGAUCACGAAAUUCUCACCUGUUCACCUUAUACAAAUCUUCAGAAAAUGAUAUCACGGGGACAACAACACAUAAGAUUGAUUCGA